AUGGCUGACAACGAGAAAGUGUCGCCGACCACAUCGGAGCCGGAGGUCGACUCCAACCCUGUCCACACAAAUUUGGCGAAGAGGGUCACCACAAAGGACGAGCUCCAUGAGUACCGUGAGAAUGUUGGCUACAUCAUCGACGCGGAGAACUCUGACGGGAGCCCCUCGGACGCCGGCGUCAAGCUCGCCGCUGAUGGCCACACCCGCCUCAUCCCGCAGCCAAGUGACGACCCGAAGGACCCUUUGAAUUGGAGCUGGCGGAAGAAGCACACGAUACUGUUCAUCAUCGCUGCCGCUGCUUUUCUGCCCGACUAUGGCAGCGCCACAGGCGCAGUGACACUAAUCCCCCAGGCUGCGGAAUGGGGCAUGACACCGGACGAGGUGAACCACUCGCAGUCUGGAAACGUCUUCAUGUUGGGCGCAGGCGGGAUCUUUGCCGUCGUAUUGUCUGCAUAUUUUGGACGUCUCCCAGUAGCAUUCUACUUCCUCGUGGUGGCCUUUGCUACCGCUGCGUGGUGUGCUGGUGCUGAUACGUUCGAGUCCUUCAUGGGCGCCCGCAUCCUCAACGGCUUCUUCUCGACCGUCACUCAAGGUGGAGGAAUGAUGUUCAUCCAGGACAUGUUCUUCUUCCACGAACGCCCUCGAAAGAUCAACAUCUGGGCGUCCUUCUUCGUCAUGAGCCCUUAUAUGGGCCCGCUCCUCGCGGCAUUCAUGACCGCCUUCAAACCCUGGCCGACCCCUUUCUGGGUGUAUACCGCCGAGACGGGCGUGGUGCUCCUGCUCACCAUGUUUUUUGUCGACGAGACGUACUACGACCGACGUAUUCCGGCUGCAGAGCAGCCAGACCUGGGUAGUCGGGUCUCGCGCGUGCUCGGCAUCUCGCAGUUUCGUUCUCGGCGCAUGCGAAAUUCCUUCCCGCAGGCUUGUAUGCGCGUCGUCAAGGUCAUCCUCAAGCCCACAGUGCUGCUGACGUCUGUGUACUACCUGCUGACCUUUGCCUGGGUCGUCGGCAUCAACACGACCCUUUCGAUCUUCCUCACGCCGCUCUACAACUUUGGCCCGCUGCAGAUCGGAUACUUCUACUUCACCCCGGUCGUCGCGGUGCUCCUCGGCGAGGUCACGGGCCACUUCCUGCACGAUGUCCUGGCAAAGAGCUACAUCAAAAAGCACAGGGGCCACUUCGAGCCCGAGGUCAGGCUGCGGGCCAUCUUCUUCUCGCUCCCGCUAAUGAUCGUGGGGCUCGUGCUCGUCGGACAGGCGCUGGAGAACGCGUGGCACUUCAUGGCCCUGUCCGUGUCGUGGGGCCUGUACGUGUACGGCAUCAUGAUAACCACCGUCGCCGUGAGCAGUUACUGCCUGGACAGCUACCCCGAGGCCAGCGGCGAGGUUAGCGCACACCUGAACAAUGCGCGUACCAUUGGUGGCUUUGUCAUCUCCUACUUCCAGGUCCAGUGGGCUGAGAAGCAGGGGACCAAGGUCAGCUUCGGGAUUCAGGCCGCCGUUGUCGCGGCGGCAUUUGCGAUCAUCAUCGUCCUGAUCGUCUUUGGCAAGAGGAUGAGGAUCUGGGCUGGGCCACUGCGCUUCGCAACUGCGUAG